AUGGCACGUCGAACAGUCUCGCCCGAGUUCAAUGACGCAACGGAAUCAGAGCAGUUGCUUGGCACGGAUAAUGCGGACUUGGACAUUGAGUCCAGGGCACAUCCGGCUGGUAAUGGCCAAAAGCAGGAAGCUAUCGCGUUGAGAAUCGCCGCUGCAGCCUACUCCUUUGUAGUUGCCGGACUCUUUGUGGCUACUAUUGGAGUCACACUCCCACACCAGCAAACAUACUAUCACCUCAACGACAUUCAAGUCUCUGCUAUCUUUCUCGUCGGACCAAUUGGCUACUGCUUGGCAUCGCUUUUCAACAGCCGCAUUCAUGAGAAAUUCGGGCAACGCGGAAUUGCCUUUCUAGGCCCCGCGUGCCACCUGGUCUACGCAGCAGUAGGCUCCUUUCAUCCGCCUUUCCCGCUAUUUCUUUUUGGAGUUACUAUCGGAUCCUUUGGUGUGGGAAUCGUUGAUGGAUCCUGGUGUGCUUGGGUUGCUGCGCUGCCAAACGCAAACACCCUGUCGGGUCUGUUGCACGGCUCAUUUUCGAUCGGCGCUGCCAUCUGCCCGUACCUCGCAGGCAUCAUGCUCUCGGCAAACAACGGACAGUGGUACCAGUGGUUCUAUGUUUUGGCGAUUGCAUCCGCUGCAGAAGUUGUCUUUUUGCCCCUGGCAUUCAGACACGAAACCGCUGCAAGAUACCACGAGAAGAAGAAGAAGCACGGAAGCCCCGAAGAUGGAGUCGACCAGCGGGCUAUCUUCCGCUACAGCGCGACCUGGAUCUACGCCGUCUAUCUCCUCGCAUACGUCGGCACCGAGUGCACCGUCUCCGGCUGGGUCGUGGCUUUCAUGCUCCGCGUCCGCCAUACCAGCACCUACGCGUCGAGCAUCUGCUCCUCGGGUUUCUGGGCAGGUAUGGCGGUCGGAAGACUGGCCCUGGGGGCGGUGACGGAGAAGCUCACACCCAGACGCGCAGUCAUCGUCUACUUGGUCCUCGCUCCAGUAAUUGUGGUGCUUUUCAUCCUCGUGCAAGUCCUGUGGUUUUCAGUAUUCUCAAUGGCCCUGCUCGGCUUCGUCAUGGGACCACUGUUUCCGUCGUGUAUCGUCGAGUUUGUGCAUUAUCUGCCGAAAGAGCUGCAUGUCGGUGCUGUAUCAUUUGUUGCCUCCCUCGGUCAGGUCGGCGGGGCUCUACUCCCAUACAUGCUCGGCGCGAUCACACAGGUUGCGGGACUCCAUGUUUUCCCCUAUAUGCUUAUCUCGCAAUUUGCCGUCAUACUCCUUCUGUGGCUUGUAUCGUUCAAGGUAUCGGGGAAGAAAAUACCCCAAGAUGAACUCGGGCGAUCGAGACAAGACUAG